UAUCUGAUGCGGUGUGUGGUUUAUUUUUAGACGCCUGGAUUAUAAAUGGAGCCUUAAAUAUUUGCUAUGUAUAGUUAAUUUUAAACUAAUUCAAUCGUUUGGAGUUGUAGUGACCCUUUUUCGCUGAGCGUCAUACCAGGAGAACGACUACAUAUCCCAGAAGGCUUAGCGUUUCAACUGUUGUGUGAUUGGUUAAAGAAAGAGGGAGGUCAAAGGUCAUGUACACCAGAUUGUUUGAAUUUGACUUUGCGGUGAAGCUAAGUAGUUUAACCUGGUGUAGUUAGGGUGGAAUAAACAUGAGGCUUGGCAGCAGGCCUGCGUUCCGGAAGUUGGUGUGCGGUGUGUGUCUCAGGCUGAGCAGACAUGCGGAGGGGGUGAAAACUUUCAGCACUUCUCCCAGCCUGCAGUCUGUAAUGCAAGCCUGGGUUAUUGAUAAAUAUGGAGACAAUAGUGUGCUCAGAUUCACCAAAAACGCCGCUUUCCCCGUCAUACACUAUCCAAACGAGGUGAUCAUCAAAGUGCAUGCAGCUGGACUCAAUCCGCUGGAUGUCAACAUGAGAAGAGGUUAUGGUGCCGCCACUCUGGCCAUGAAGCGCGACCCUCUGAACAUUAACAAGGUGGGCAGUGAGUUUCCGCUGAUCCUGGGCCGUGACGUCUCGGGGGUGAUCAUGGAGUGCGGCCUGGACGUGGGUUACUUCAAACCAGGAGAUGAGGUUUGGGCUGCGAUUCCUCCGUGGAAGCAGGGCAGCUUGGCUGAGUUCGUCGUGCUCAGCGCUAACGAGGUGUCUCACAAACCCAAAUCGUUGAGUCACACAGACGCAGUGUCGAUCCCGUACGUUGCAGCUACGGCCUGGUCAGCUCUCGUCAACACGGGCGGCUUGAACAAAGACAACUGCUCUAAAAAACGAGCGGUGAACCCCGCCCCAUCUUUACUUCUGAGAGACUCCGCCUCUCUGGAAAGAAUCCUCAUCCUCGGGGGUUCAGGUGGGGUUGGAACGUUUGCCAUCCAGUUGCUGAAGUCGUGGGGGGGUCAUGUGACGGUGACGUGUUCCCAGAAUGCCGAGCGGCUGGUGAGGGGUUUAGGAGCUGAUGAUGUGGUGGAUUACACCAGCGGGCCGGUGGAGAGGAAACUACACACGCUGGACAAGUUUGAUCUGGUUCUGGAUAACGUCGGUGGAGAGACGGAGAAAUGGGCACUGGCGCUCCUCAAGCCCUGGUCUGGCGGCAAGUAUGUUACCUUGGUAACACCGUUCCUGCACAACACCGACCAGCUCGGCCUCGCUGACGGAAUGAUGCAGACCGCCGUCACCAUAGCAACCAAGGCACUGAAGCACCUGACUAAAGGUGUACACUACCGCUGGGGGUUCUUCGCUCCGAGCGGCGCUGCGCUGGACGACGUGAGCGAGAUCAUGGACGCAGGAAAGAUCCGUGCGGUGGUGGAGGAGACAUUCUCCUUCUCCCAGGUCCCUCAGGCGAUGCAGAAAGUGGAACAGGGCCACGCCCGGGGCAAAACCGUCGUAACCGUUGCUAAGGAGCAGGACCAGUGACCAUAGUAACAAGCAAGGAAAUGAGGUUUGCUCACUGAGGGUGGUUCUGUCUCCAUGGAAACGGAGACUAGAAUUAAGCGUGAAGCUGAAUGACUCUAAGCCGAGCUCCUCAGGAUUAACAGGGGUCUGAUGUCUACAAUCGGACUAGUCACACGCUGUGGGCGUGGCCAGAUAUUGUAUUAGUCUGUACAUGGACGCUUUACUGUAUUAAUUCUGAAACCAUGUCUGUGUGUAAAGAUCUUUUAAAAAAAAAAAUUUCUAAUGA